AUGGGAGACUCAGCAGUGUACUCCCUGCUGAUUGCUGUAGGACAGUUACAAAAGAAUGGAGCUGGGGGAACACAGCUGAAACUCAUUUUCUGUAAAGUCUUCAGCUGAGGUAUGGUUUGUGCAUCUCAGAGGCUGAAAGACUAGCAUGGCUUCACAGAUCCUCAUAGCAAAGCCCAUCUGCUGAACAGGCUCUUCCUGGUCAACUUCAUCAGCUUCUGUGUGGAGAAGGGAGUGGAGGAAUGCAUCAUGACCAGUCAAAGAACCAUGUAGCAGCCUUUGCUCUUUGGAGUGGACUGACUCUGGACUCUGUUGGGUGCUGACGAUUGCACCGAGCUGCAGCUGAGUGCAGAUCCUGCAGCUGGCAGAGCUGUGCCAGAGUGGGACGGCCCUACAGGAGCACUGGGGCAGCCUGGAGGCCGUGCUGGUAGGCAGACACUGCUGGAGCUGCUGGGAGAGUCCAGCCAUGUUCUGCUGUCUGGUGGGAUGGGACUGCGAGAGCUUGUUUGGCAUGCCAGGAAACCUGAGGACCAAGUCCUGCUGAAUAGCAUUGUCAAGGAAGAGCAGAAACACUGCCUGUUGAUCAGGAACGUGCUGAAGCCAUUUGCUGCUAGCAUUGGCAGCUUCCUCCCCACAGAGAGGUGCUGGAGAGCUGCAUUGAUGCAACAAAUGGGCUGAAGGAGGCGGGCAGUGUGUCCGUAAAUCUCUGUAAACCUCGUGCUGGCAGCGGGGUCUGCAGGCCCUCACCAAAGCCUGUGGGUGGAGCUCAGCCUCGGUGGGCUUCGUGCCCAACAUCACCCCACCCCUACUUCUCACCUUCCCCCUCCACCCAUUGUACUGCCUUGUAUUGUGCGGGAGCCAAUCUGACUCAGUCUGCCCAGGUUUUAGAACAACAGCACACUGUUCUAAAACACAAUCUGCCAGAAGAAGUGUUUAUAGAAGGCGUGGAGCCAUCCCGGGACGUUUUGUUCACCAACCAUGGAGCCUUGGCUGAGGCCAUGAAGGCUUUAUCGCACGCUGCCUUCAGGAGGAGUUAUUAGGCUUGGCUCAGCCUUUGUGUGCUGUGCAUAUAGAAAAGGCAGGCUGGUUUCUUUUUUUUUUUAAAUAAUAUGUUGAGUCUGUGAUAGAGAAAACGUGGUGUUCAGCUGUCAGAGUGGUGGUGCGAGUAGAGGACAAUGCAAAGGCUUCAGAACACUGUUCUGGAGGAAUGGAGCUGGUUCUCCUAAUGGAGAACUCCCUGUCGUGAGAUAGAAAUGAGCCAAAUGAGAACCCUAUUAUCUGCCUGCAAGAAGGCAACCGGCACCAGGCUGAUGCUGGGACUGGAGAUCCCCAGAGCUGUCACCCAGCAUUGGGCUGUGCCAUGAACCCUAUUCUUACUGGUGGCAAAAACCAGCUGCAGUUGUUAAAGGAGACAUGGGAGAAUGAACCCAUGGGGUCAGGGGGCUGGCAUCCAGGGCAGCCUUUGUCUCUCAGUGCAGCAGAGAAGGAAGUGCUCCUGACAGCUCUGGCAGCAAGCAGAAAUCUGGAAGAGGCAAGAAUGUUUCUCUUUGUCUUUGGUUUUGGUAUCUUAGCAGCUCACUGUGUUUAUGUAGUGAUUUACUCAAUUUCCCUCAGGUUUUAGCUGACAGCAUUUCAGGUUGCACAACUGUAGUAGCUUUCUUCCAGCUGCUGUUAAGCAGCAAAGGAAAGAGCUCCACAGGUUUCAGGCUGGCAAAGCCACAGUGUUUGUAGGCCACGGGUAGGGACUUACUGCUGUGUACAUUAAAAGUUUGAUGGUAUUGACCUCUUGUGUGGUGGUUUUCCUUACAAUUUUCU